AUGGAUAGACAGACUUUUGGUGUGUUUUUCGCUAUAACAUUAUUAGCGCAUGGAUUCUGCCUCCCAUCACAUAUUAGAAUGAGAAGACAAGAAAGUACUUCGACAGAUACAACGGACUUACCAUUGACUGUGAAUAAUGAAGAUACAGAAGACAAGGAUGCCAUCAUUACUGUAAAGGAGUCAUAUCCCGUAUCCGUCCCCAUCGACCCGAGCGAUGAUGAUAUUGAUGACCUGACCCCCGCACCAGCGUCUUCUGGAGGCGGAAGCAGUAUAUUCAGCAUAUUUCACCUACUAGGUGCUGUUCUUCCAAGUUCAAUCCUUGCAAGCACACUUCUACAGAAUAUCCUAAGACUUACGGUGGACAGACUUACUCCACACAUAAUAGUGCGUAGACAAAUCAAUGAUAUUGAUUACGUAAACAACUUAAAACCUACUUUCCAAAGACAAGAGAACGAGAGUGAUUCAGGAGACUCUAUGGAUUCGGAGGAAACUGAUGACGAUCGGAAUUCAAAUCAGGAGUUGGAUUCGGAAAUGGAUUCGGUUGAGGAUGAAUAUGAUGAACCUGAAGGUGAUGGACAAGGAGGUGGUAUUUUGGGUCUUCUGGCUGGAUUAAGUGGUGGUGAAGAUGGCCAGUCUGAUUUAGGAUCGCUUCUUGCAACAGUUAGUGGAAUUAUUGCCAAUUUGAGUGGCGAUGGAAUUGACUUAAACGCGUUGAUAGCUUCGGGAAUUGGUCUUUUCGUAGGAUUAUUGUCGGAAGGGAACGAAAAUCCUGGUUCUGUUAUAGCUAGUUAUUUCUUGACGUCUUUGGACACGAUUACUGGAGGUGGUUCGACAAACAAUGGAGCCUUUUUUGGUAAUUUGCUAUCGAAAUUGAUUCAAGGGACCAGUGCUGCACUUGAUCCUGACGCAAGCUCAGAAGAGAAUGAAGGGCCGCAAAUGAAGGAUUCAGCUGGGUUUUUCUCGAGUUUACUGAUGGCACUUCUCGGAAACAUGUCUAAAGGCAGUUCCGGUGGCUCACACCCGUGGAGACGUUAUCUUGAAAUUCAUGAAUCAUAA